AUGGGACAGGACCAGUCGUCUUCAAGUGAUGAUGCUGCUGCUGCUGCUAACACCAACGCUCCGUCGGCUUACCACAGGCUCACUGAGAAGGAGUUGGAUAAGUUGGUCUACGCUCAGAAGAAUGAUGAUAUUGAUAUAUACGAUUUGAGUGUUAACCGCGAGUUGAAGGCCUUGUUGGUGAGCAUCAAUCAUGAUGAUACCCCUAGUAGCAGUACGAGGAGUGCCACUGGUGGGGCUGCAACAGCUGGCCAGAGGAAAAAGUUGUCCGCUAGUGCGGCUGAGUUCAUCCCUGGACAACUCUAUGGUGAAUCGGUUAAGAAAAAUACGGUUAGUAAAGAGGAGUUGGCGAAGAAGUUGGCAUUGCAACAGAGAGUUGAGGCUAUCACUAGAGCUUCCAAUGCGAUACCAGCUGGGCAUAAAUUAUGGAGGUAUAAGGACCCGAGGGGGACCGAGCGUGGACCGUUCACGUUUGCUGAAAUGCGGAAUUGGUAUGAAAAAGGGUAUUUCACUCGCGAGCUGGAAGUUACUAUUAGAGAGGGCGGCCCGUUCAUUAGACUUGGUGAGCUCUACGGCCCUGGGCAGCAGCCAUUCUCGAAUAAGCUGAGCGAAGCGCAAGUUAUUGUGACAUGUGCUGCGCUGAUCUCGAGUAGAGCUCGGAGGAAUCCUGCGACUACCACACCAGCCCCGACUCGUUGAUGGAGCUUUGCGAGUUUCUAUAAUCGUUGAAAGUUUUGUGGUUGUUGUUGUUGUACUAUGGCAUCAUCUGUGGACAAAUAGCAUUAUAUCUUAAUA